AUGAAAUUAUUUUUUGACAUUGACAACGUUUUAAAAAAUUUAUUUUGUGUUUUACUGCAUCCUGCUUCAGGAACAGCUUUGGAUGUGGUCCUCUAUUACAGCAUACGCUGUAACCCUCAAGCCGGAUAUUGCCUUUCAGUAGCGAACUGUAAGAAAAUAUGUUUUUUCUACAAGGGUGUAGUGAUUCAAUUUUUAGGCACUAUCAGCUCAGAUGAAGCCGGUUUCCAACCUUAUUCGAUCAUCGACCAAAGCGGAUGUUCUUUGGAACCUUCACUAUACGACAACGUUACGGUAAUCACAUUUGAUGGUAUAAAUAAAGUUACGUUACAACUAUUUGAUAUCGGCAGCAAUUCUUUGGAGCAACUAGUUGUUAACAAUCAUAAAAUGAGAGUAUCAAAGUAUGAAUCCAGCUUCACUGCUGGCAUUCGAAAUCCAUAUCCAGUACGCUUUCGAUCGUCUUCUGGGGCAGUGCUUCUUUAUUGUGUCACGACCUUGAUCCCAACCGAAAUGGACGGCGCCUGCCCCCGUUCGGAGUGCGCAAAUCACAACGCUGAUUCGUAA